GACCUGUUAUUUGUAAUCACUAGUCAUUGCCACCCAAUUUAAGGUGUUUGAAGUGAGAGGAAGAUGGCAAGUUCAUCUUCAUUUUUUAGGCAGCUAAGUGGCAAACAAGGUUGGAAAUCUAAAUCCUUGCGUUGGGGAGUGAACAACAAGAACAAUAUUUGUGGUGGAUGUGAUACAAGCUUAAAAGCUCAUCAAAUGGAAGGUCUUGACAUGUACGGCAAUGGUGUUGCUGGUAGUGGUGAUGAUGGGUUGGUUUUAAGGAAGAGAGUGAUGGUUUUAGUGGACAAAAGCUCACAUUCUAGGCAUGCAAUGAUGUGGGCACUCACUCAUGUAGCUAACAAGGGUGAUUUGCUUACUUUGCUUCAUGUUAUCCCUCCAACCCCCAACUGUUCACACUCCCCUUCUUCUUUUACUUAUCUUGCUAACUCUCUUGGCUCACUCUGCAAAGCUUGUAAACCCGAGGUAGAAGUAGAAGUAUUGACAAUCCAAGGGCCGAAGCUGUGGACAGUGAAGAGCCAAGUGAAAAAGCUAGGGGUUUCAGUGUUGGUAGUGGGUCAGAGAAGGCAAUCUCCAUUGUUAACCUUGUGUCUAGGUGGGAGCAGGCAGAAUGAUGAGUUUGUUGAGCAAUGUAUCAAAACUAUAGAUCGACAUUGCCUUACCAUUGGGGUUAGGAGGCAGAGGAAUGGCCUCGGUGGCUACCUUAUCACCACCAGGUGGCUCAACAACUUUUGGCUUUUGGCUUAGUUUCACACAACGUUUGCUCAAUAAAAUAUGAUUUGUUGCUUAUGUUCAUGAUUUAUAAUUGGUUGAUUUCUUAUUUAUUGUAAUGAAUUUUAUGCUAUUUGUGACAUGAAAUAUAUAAUAUCACAUUUCUAAUUGAAAUGGUCAAAUGUGAUAAAA